AACAGUGUUCUAAGAGGCAGCCACACCUCAGCGAGGUCUUUCUAACUUGGAACAGCGAAGUUCAAGUGAACUUAUAGACACAAACUGUGAAAGAGUCCUGGACUCAUAUACGUAAGGUGACUCUUUAUAGCACAAUUGCCCUCUUGAAGGUACUUGAAACAGGGCAUGGGACUUAAAGGAGAAAAAGAAGGAAACGGACCAUCUCUCCUAACACCUGGAAUGUGAUCCAAGUCUGGAGACAAAAUGAUGGUUUGCAGCUAGAAGACAGUAAAACAAGCAAUGGAGCCCUUAUAUGAAGAAUACCUAGCAAAUCAUGGAACAAUCAUAAAACCUUAUUACUGGCUAAGCUUCUCUCUAGAUUGCACUAAUUGUCCAUACCAUAUUCGAACAGGUGAAGAAGCAAGAGUUCCCUACACAGAAUUUUUUCAGAUUUUUGGAUUCCCUUAUGGGCCGACAUAUCCUCAAACAAAACACCUCACAUUUUAUGAACUAAAAACUUCUUCUGGCAGCCUGGUUCAGAAGGGCCAUGCCAGCAGUUGCACAGGGAUUGAUACCCACCCAGAAUCGAUGCUAUUUGAGAGGAAUGGCUAUCUUGACUCGGCCAUAUACAAUAACGACAGCAUCAGGCACAUCAUCCUGUAUUCCAACAACUCCCCUUGUAAUGAAGCGAACCACUGCUGCAUCAGCAAAAUGUACAAUUUCCUGAGACUGUAUCCAGACGUCACUCUUAGUAUUUACUUUUCUCAGCUCUAUCAUACCGAGACUGAAUGUCCUGCCUCUGCAUGGAACCGCGAAGCUCUCCGGAGCCUGGCUGGCUUAUGGCCUCAGGUCACUCUGAGUCCAAUAAGUGGUGGGAUUUGGCAUUCUCUCCUCAACAACUUUGUUAUCGGUGUCUCGGGAUCCACAGUUUUCCAUCCCAUUUUAACUGGGAGGGCACUGACUGACAGGCAAAAUGCAUACAAGAUCAAUGCCAUAACAGGAGUGAAGCCUUACUUCACUGAUGUUCUUCCCCAGACAAAAGAGAAUCAGGCAGCUUUAGAGAGCUACCCCUCAAACAAUGUCUUUCCUGCAUGGCCUUUCCAAGUGACCAGCGGACAAGUGCAACCCAACCUAACUCCAGACCUCAGGGUUCCUAUUGUUUUUGUGCUGGUGCCUUUCAGAGACCUACCACCAAUCCAAGGGGGUCAAAACCCAAAUAAACCCAGGAAUGUCGUAAGGCACUUAAAUGUGCCUCAGAUGUCACUCCAGGAAACCAAGGACCUAGGAAGACCUUCCACUGGAAGGCUAGUAGAAAUAGCGGAAAUCACAGAACAGUAUGCAAGUAGAAAGGAGGCAGAUGGAAAUAAGAAGAACAAGAGGAAAGGGAAAAAAUAAAGUCUACAUUUCUACAGCAUAAAACCAAACAAUUAUUAAAACAAGAGUACUUAUUUGAUAAGUCCAACAAAAAUCUGGAAACUUUCUCUUAGGUCUGAUCCAAGAUGGAGAUAAACUGGUGCACUAAAAGCAAUACCUGAAUUAUUUACUAUAUCAACUAUUAUAAAGCUGUGCUAUUUUUAACAUAAUCCAAAAUGUUUCCUUAAGCAACUUGAUCCCUCUCCUUUAUUUUGAAAGUGACCACAGUAUCAAACUGGAGCUAUUAGUACCUUGCUAAUCCUUUGGUGCAGGAAAGGAAUGUCAUUAUUCUAGCCUACCCACAUCAUCUCUUCACUAUAAAAGCCCAUGGACUAAACAGCUUCUUAAAUUAGUUUCAGUAAAAAAAAUUACUGUAAAAUUGGAAAACAGCCUGAAGUUACUGACAUUAAGUGCUGUUUGCAGAAGCAAACCAGUGAUUUUCCAUUAAUUGUUAAUUGUGGACAGAAGAUUUUAGGCAGCUCAUUUUUUUCUAAAGUGAUUUAAAAUAGUUUUGUGUGGGAAAAAGCUCUUCUGCUGAUUGCAUAUAUCUACAAAAUUGACUUUUGAAACCUAGCCACCUGCUCCAUUUGAUCUUUCCCAGCUCAGACCUCUCCCUCCUGAGCAGAUGAUACAGGCAAGACUAUACAUGAGAAUCUCCAAAGACUCCAUCACAUACCAUACAAAAUCCAGUCACUUGCUUUUCAAGUCUCCUCCUUUCCUUUCCUGUUGUCUUUUCCCAUCAGAAAGAGUGUAAAUUUUUAUAGGCCAAGCACCGUCUCUCUCCCCUCUUUAGCUUUUCCCUUAGGAUCUACCACAGUAUCCAGGCAAAACAUGGGUAGCAAGGCUGAAUCUACAUCUCAAUAACUUCACCAGUCACUACUCCCCAACAUCCGUUCUCCACUCAAGCCAACUGCCUGCUUAACCAUCCUGCAAUGGACAUCUUCCUUUUUGUUAGCAUCCCUUCCCUCUUCUUCUAACACAGCUCCCUGGUGCAUAAUUUGUAUGUUUAUCUUCCCUUUUUUUCUGACCCCUUCCUCUUCACCAAUGCAUAUUUGUACCUUCUCUUAAAAUAUUCUUCCAAACACAAUUCUUCUAGGAAGUACUCCCCUUGACUAACGCUCUGAGCACUUAAAUGAAAACACUUUGCUUUUGCUUAAUGAAUUCACAUUUGCUGCUUCACUUCCCUCUUGGAAAUAUGUAAAGAUACAUUAGAAGAAAAAUG